CUUUAGCUACGAGUUGCAUGUGUUAAUGAGCGUUUUCCGCAAAUUGCUUUUCCUCGCUGAAAAGCAGACUUCAGGAGAUUAAUAUUGUGCAAUAAUAUUGCCACAUAAAAGUUACAUUUACGUCAGCGGCUUGUCAAAAAGUCUUACCUCUAGUGCGCUAAAAACGCGCAUUUCGCGCGCGCGUCCGUAUUAUGUUUAAUUUCAUGCAUGUUCGUGUCAUCAAUUAUUAUCGGACAACUGCCCUAAACCCUGGUUAAUGGCCUUAAAAUAAGUAGAUCCGAUCACAUUCUACCCACUAUUGUUAACCUCCGUUAAUAUUCACUCUACCAUUAUAGCUUAGGAUGGACAGCACUUCAAUAUUCUUCAUUGGUAUCAGUCUUCUCGCUGGCUUUAUCUUGUUCGUCAUCAGUCAGAAGAAGAAGCCAAAAGAGAAAGCCCCCAGAGUGCUAGUUCAGCAUGCUCGUACUGAUGGUGCCCCAGUUAGAGCUAGACGGAGACGCAGAGUCAACAGACGAGACAGCUCAGACGAAGACGAGCCAGCACCUGCAUCUGGUGGAGAUGGGAGUGGAAGUGAAGAGGAAGAAAAGGCCGGGAAGAUUGGAACCAAGAAAGCUAAGAAGAUUGCUGCUAAAGCCGAAAAGAAGGAACAAAGAGAGGCAGACAUGGUGCUCCUAACGGAGAAAAGGAAGCAGCUAGAAGCUGAUUUACAGUUGAGGAAGGAGGAGGAGGCUCGACAAGAAGCAGAUGAGAGAAUGAGAAAAGAAGAAGAGAGGAUAGCGAAAGAAAUCCAGGAAAAGCGGGAGCACGAGGAGUAUCUUCUCCUGAAAGAGAGUUUCGCUGUUGAGGACGAGGGACAGGAAGCUCUGGACGAAGAAACCCAGCGUAAUCUGCUUCUAGAGUUUAUAGAUUUUUUGAAGACUAAGAAAGUGGUACAGUUGGACGAUUUGGGAGCACAUUUCAACCUAAAGAUUCACGAGGUUGUAGAGCGCUUAGAGAGUCUGCAGGAAGAUGGAACUAUUAAUGGUGUCAUUGAUGAUAGGGGCAAAUUUAUCUACAUUUCCGAAGAGGAGAUGAAAUCGGUUGUCAAAUUUAUUCAGCAGAACGGCCGUGUGUCAAUAACAGAUAUAGCUGCAGCCAGUAAUAGAUUAAUUAAUCUCGAGCCUGUGGAGAGCUGAUUCUUAGCCUGGGUGGGACAUCGCGUAUUAUUUUUAAAACCUUUUUAAGUUCAAAACUUGGUUAAUUGUAAACAUUUUUAAGUUCAUAACUUGGUUAAGUUUAAAUAAUUUCGGAAUGAAACAAUUUCGACCUGCCCCUUGACUCGAUCAAAAAUUAAAAAUGUUUGCUUCUCCUCGGAUCCCGAUAAGAGCUCCAGUAAAUGUUUGCUCCUCCUCGGAUCCCGAUAAGAGCUCCAGUAAAUGUUUGCUCCUCCUCGGGUCCCGAUAAGAGCUCCAGUUUUGAUGACAGGUUGGGUUAGGGUGAGGGUAUUUACUAUUUUUAUUCUGAUUAAGUUUUUCUUGAUCAGACAAUUAAAGAUACAGGUCAGAAAUUUUGCAUUCUUUGUGGAUCAGUGUAACUGUAAUAUAAUUUCAGAGCAUAAUAAUUGGGUGUGGUUAAUACUUUAAUCCGAUCAUUUAACAUUUCAGUGUACAUUAAAUAUCUUUUAUCUGUUUUUGCUGGUUGCUACCACUUUAUUAGAGCUAACAGUCUCUUUCAAUUUAUGAGACAAAUGUUUUUUUGGGUAAGCCCUGCAAAAUAUUAAGUGAGAAAUUUUAUCGUUUAUUGAAGGUUAUGUGAUUGUUAAGAUAAAAAUAUGAAAUAUUUAUUUGAUCUUUGGCAAAUUUAGAGUUUUCGUGUUCUUUCGAAGUGUGCUUUUUAUAUUCCACUAAUCUCGAGGAACAAAGUUAUGCUAACCUUGUAGCUAAGAAAGUAUUAAUUUAAAAAACCUCCUGUUUAUAGCAUGGAAGAGUUAUGCUAACCUUGUAGUUAAGAAAGUAUUAAUUUAAA